GAGUUAGGGGUGGGAGGGGGUGGAGAAAAGGAGAAGAUCCGCUCCGAUCUAAACCUCUACUCACCGUGACGAUCUCGACAGCUCGCAGGCGGCGGCAGGGGAAAGGAGGGAAGCUCGACUAGUGACAGCCCCCACCCGGCGUCCAGCGACCCGAGGCCCGAGGCAGGCAGCAGGCUGUGUCGGUAGCUGCCUUGAAGAGGGGUCGCGUCUAGCUUGUCAGACGUCAAUCAGCAGGGUUCUCCUCCUACCGCCGCCUCCACCUCCCCUCACCCACCUUCCCACCCCAUCGCCUUCAUCCUCCACUGGAAGUGGAAGGGGUUCCUAUUGGGAAUACAAACCGUCGGCAGAACGAUCAGCAUCUGGAAGGAUUGUCCCGCCCCAUCCACUGUCUGCCGUCAUUGACCCGCAGCCGGAGCUGGUUUGGCUUGAAAGUCAGCCGUGUGAAGGGAGAGGAUUGUUUGAAUUCGGCCGUGGGACUGUUCGGCGCGCAUUUGGCGUAUCCCACGUGAAUUAGCGCUCCGGCUCCAAGUGCUUUCUGGUUGGAAGGUGUAUUUCCUUCUGUCUGGCCACGGAUCAAAAUCAGUGCUGAGUAAUUUAUUAGAAAAGCAGGUCGCUUCGCCACCUGCUGAGCAGAUCGUGUGUGUUGUGUGUGUGUGUGUGUCUGUCUGUCUGUGUCUGGCUGUAUGUGUGUGUGGUCUUUGUAUCGUUGGUGGGAUUGGAUUAAUGCAACGCGAAUAUUUCAACGUGGGAGCAGUCAAAUCUGAUCCUUUGGCUGAAGUAACAGAGACUUUUGAGAAAUUGUUCAAUGAUGUGUGACCACAAUAUGUUGAAACGCACGCAGAAGAUCAUUGUCUGCUGAUUCUUACAGGAACGCGCCACUUUCAUAUUGUGUCUGGAAAUCUAACAAGCACGCUGUCUGGCUGUUUUCCCAGUGAAGAUGGCAAGUGCACAAGGAGCUUUGAGAGUGAGAGAUGUAAUAACCUUGGGCGAAGUAAUGGUGAAGAAGGAGCCUCUGUGUGAUGCAGUAGGAGAGAGACGCAACGCAGGAAAGGCAUUAGAUGGUAGAAUUACAAACGUGCCCAGAGCCCACGGGGUAAAGCAGGAAUGCGGCCAAGCCCCAGGAGACGAGGAGACAUCAGGUACAGAUGCAAUUAUGUCCAAAGCAUGCCUGCUGUCUGGAGUCCGUCCCUUGGAUCUUAACCCAGCCCUGAAACACACCUUGGCACAGUUCCAUCUAAGCAGUCAGAGUUCCCUUGGUGGGCCAGCAGCGUUCUCAGCCCGUUGUUCCCAAGAAUGCAUGUCGCCAGGAAUGCUUGUGCCCAUGAGAUCACCCCCUGCGUUGCCAGGCCCACUGCUUAUACCCUCAGACAGUUCAACUGAACUCACACACACGUUACUUGAGGGAGAGUCUAUCUCAUGUUUCAUGGUUGGUGGAGAGAAGAGGUUAUGCUUGCCACAAGUCUUAAAUUCAGUGCUUCGAGACUUCUCGCUACAACAGAUCAAUGCUGUAUGUGAUGAAUUGUACAUUUAUUGUUCAAGGUGUACAGCAGAACAACUACAGAUUCUCAAGGUCCUGGGCAUCUUGCCCUUUAACGCUCCAUCCUGUGGACUUAUAACCCAGACUGAUGCUCAGAGGUUAUGCAAUGCCCUGGUUCACCCUGGUACCCUGCCCCCUGAAGCCAGCCGACUCCCCGGAAAAGCAGGCCUUUCCCAGUUGCAGAACGGGUCCAGCUUUGAGGUCGAGCAUUGGUGUCUUGGGAAAUGCCAAGGUUUAUUUGUGCCACACCUUUACAACCACCCUGAUGCCGCCUGUAUUCAGUGUGUGGACUGUCACAUGAUGUUUUCCCCACAGAAGUUCGUGUUGCACUCGCACAGGUUACCAGAUAAGAGAACCUGCCACUGGGGCUUUGAUUCAGCCAAAUGGCGCUGCUAUGUGCAGCUGAGCCGUAAAUAUGUAGAAGCAUCGGAUGAAGCACUUUUUAAAAGGUAUCUUGAAGAAAUGAAAGGGCGAUUCAACUUCAGUAGCCAGCGAAAAAGAAUGCUUGCAAAGCAGUCUGUCUCAGAAGAACAUCAGCCCAAGAAGGCACAGUUAGAGCACACUGGUUCUCAAGAUGAGGCUUCUGAGAAGGUCUUUGACAGAAAGAAUGAUUCUCAGCACACCCUGACAUUCCAGCAUUGCUAUCCAGUCAUCAAACAAGAAGUCGAUCAUCUGACUCAGCCACAUCCUUCAGUGAUCCAUCCAAGCUGUCUUUUAUAUAUGUACGAUAAGGUGAUAGCUCCAAAUGUUUCAUUGGCUCCACCUUUACAACGAUGUAGAGAUGCCACUAAGCGGGUGAAUAAAGAAUCUGCGAUGGACACGUCCACAAGUUUGGAAGAGGAGGUGAAACAUCGGAAAGAAAAUGUGAAUAAGAAGCUGAUUUCAUAUUAUGCACCAUCUCCAGAAGAGGAAGGAAGCAACACCUCAUUUGCAGAUUCCUACCGUUCAUGUCACCGAGCUUCAGUCUCUUCUAUUGCAGAUGAAGAAUAUAUCAAGUGUGAAAGUGUCAGCAACAAAAAUAAAGAGGGGAUUCCCACGGACUUAAGUAGCAAUUCGUCACGUACUGAUAAAGAGACUCGUAAUUCUUCUCUGCACAUUGGAGAGCGCACAGAGGAGGAGAAUGAAAAAAUAGUGGAACAAAUCAUGAAGACUUACUGUCUACAGCAGGAGAAACUGAACACCACAAUUCACCAGAAGAAGCAUUUGCAAAUGGAAGUGGAGUUAUUGCAAGUGACAAAGAGGAUGAAACUGAAGGAAUUGAGUGAGGAGAAGCUCGGUCUGCAGCAAGAGCUGGAUUCUCUGCAGUCUGACCAUGCACAGAGAAUGAGUGCAUCUCAUGAUGAACAGGCCGACUUAGAAUGGCGGCUGGAACAGCUGAAGCAAGGCUGUCUGUGUGAUCAUACUACAGGAAAGAGCCAAGAGGCUGAGUACACUGCACAGUUAGCCGAGCUGAGACAAAGGCUGGACCGAGCGGAAGCAGAUCGCCGGGAACUCCAAGAAGAGCUGAGGUGUGAGCGCGAGGCACGGGAGAAGCUGGAAGCCAUGGUGAAGGAACUGAAGCUUCAGAUCAUAGAAACUUCCAGAAAUAAGGGCAGCACUGAAGUGAACUCUGUAACAAACUGAUGAGAGCAAAAUCUCCUUCGAAGCGCCCGCAACUUUGAUGUGAAGUAAUUUUUUUUAGAAAUUACUUUCAAAAACGACUGGUGAAUUCAAGUCUGGAAGGAAUCUGUGCAAUUGAGUAACAGUUGCUUUGAAUACUGGAGUUAAUUGUAAUUAAUCCAGUUUAGAGCAAAAAUCUAGAAAGAAAAGUUUAAACUAAUUCAGUUUUGUAUAUAAAUAUAUAUAAUGCACUCGUUAAAUAUCUACAUAAUAAAAUGGCUAAGCAUGGGAGAUAUGUUAUUUGAUAACUUUUGAAAAUUUAUAUGCAUGCAGAGCCAGUCAAACAUAAAACCUGUUCUCUGUGCUCUUUCCCAUUGCCUUUAUAAAUGGCUUUUGUUAAAAUCACCAGUUGCAUCGGUCCCUGUGCUUUGUUCGUUGCCGAACCCUGUUUACUUCAUAUUGGCACAAUAUGCAAGAAAACCUGUUUUGUAAUUUACUGCAGUUUGGUUGUUCAGAAAACUUCAGCUUUAUUCUCUGGAUUUGCAUGUGUUCUUUAUCGCUGCUCCUGCCCCUCAGUUCCUCUGUACCAAUUGCUCUAAUGUGCAGGGCAGGCCAGGGGGAUUAACCUUGAAUUUGAUUUACAAAGAUAGCAAUUUUACAAAGAUUUCUCUUUUUACAAAAUCCUGAAGUGGGCCCUAAAUUAUUCCAUCCCAUUAUUAUUCUGAAAAUGUAAAAUAUAUAAACUGUAGCAGACAUGGCUAUGGCUUUUCACAGUUUCUUCUAAAAGUGGCUGUAUAUGAUCAUUGAUGUAAAUUCCAAGCUCUAUUUUCUACAAUUUCUUUUCUUAUUUAUGAGUGGACUGCUCUGGUUUCUGAGGCACUGUUCUCUGAGGGUACUGCCUCCCUUGCAUCUCACUCUGCUCUUGGAUGGGAGCUGUGCCAAUGAGUGCUAUUAGACUCAUUAAAUCAUUCACACUGAAGCCUGGUUGUGUACUCUGCUGAUCCACAAAUGCCUCUUGCAACUGAAGCCAUUGGGCAUUAAUCAAUGGACUGGCUUACUGUUUGCCUCCGUUUAAAGCUAACUGCAGACCCUUUGCAGCAGUUGAAGUUAGCCACAGAAACAAUUUCAUAUUAAAACUGUGGCCGCCUUGGUCUGUACGACGACAGGGAGUGUGUUGUCUGUAACCAUUUACAGUGUCCCAAAAGUUUGAUCACUUCUCUAAAGUAAUACCUGAAGCUUGAAGAAAGGAAUAAAUAGAUAUUUGGAAACUAAAAUAAUUAUGAUGGUGUUAAUUCUCAUGGAACACUGGCUUUUCUCUGCAGAUACAACUGCAUUCUUGAAUUUAUUCCAUACAUGUACACAGAAAAAUGGAAUAUUUUAUUGUCAACUUAACAACCUGUAUACAGUCGGCCCUCCUUAUCUGUGAAUUCCGCAUGCGCGAUUUCAACCAACCGCGAAUCGCGAAAACCUGGAAGUGCUCUUCCAGCACUUGUUUGAGCAUGUACAGACUUUUUUUUCUUGUCAUUAUUCCCUAAACAAUGCAGUAUAACAACUAUUUACAUAGCAUUUACAUUGUAUUAGUUAUUAUAAGUAAUCUAGAGAUGAUUUGAAGUAUACGGGAGGAUGUGCAUGGGUUAUUGUAGAUCGGGAUAAAAAAAAAAUCGUAAGUUCUCUUACUAAGUAAGUCAGAACAGGUACAUCCGGUAUUAUUUAGCGUAGUUAGUCAAACGUUUGUUUUCGUAUAUAUCUUACCUUUUUGUGAAUAUAAAACACUUAAGAACGUAUGUUUCAGUACCGGGCUCAGGAACGGAAGUUACUGAGUUUGAUCUAGUGACAUUUCGCUCCUGAGUGCGCUCUCCACUGUGCCGGGUUGAUGUGGAGGAUCAAAAACCCAAUAAUUAAACCACUGCGUUGCUUAGUAAUAAUUGUAGCUUUCAUUGGGGCAGAGCCUUUCUCACUUUAUCCUUUAAAAUUGUUCCGAUCGUUGACCGACGUAGCCUAAUGCUGUUCCAGUGACCGAUGGUGUUUCACCUCUUUCCGAUCGCUUUAUUAUUUCCACUUUAUUUUGAAUUGUGAUUGUGAUUAUUUUCAUGAACGCAAACACUGUGGAUUCAGAGUUCUGCCAUUGAGUCCUAACGUGCACCACACUGAGCCAGGUUAAAUAAGUUCUAGGAUUCCACUGGGUCCGAAGGUCCACUGAAUCGAUACAGGUUGAACAAGGGACUUGAGCAUCCGCAAAUUUUGGUAUCCACGAGGGGUCCCGGAACCAAUCCCUCGCAGAUAAGGAGGGCCGACUGUAUUACCUUUUAGUUGCUACUGUGACGCCAUUCACUUCAAUACUGUGUGACAUUAUCAGGUGCAUGCUGGUGUGAUAAAUAAUUAACCAUUUUAUUUUGAGUGAACCCAACUGACCUACCAUCCUUCUCACCACCACCACCCCCAUGGUGCUCUGUCCCAUCCAAUUCCUUCUUCUUUACACCUUUACCUCUACCACAUAUCUCCUCCCAUUUUCCUACUUCAUCACCAACCUACCUUCCCUCUCACCUGGCUUCACCUAUCACCUUCUCACCUGUACUCCUUCCCUUCCCCUCACCUUAUUCUGGCUUCUUCUCAUUUCCUUCCCAGACCUGCUGAAAGGUCUCAGCCUGAAACAAUGACUUAUUCCGCUCCACAGAUGCUGCCUGACCUGCUGAGUUCCUCCAGCAUUCUGUGUGUGUUGCUCUGGAUUUGCAGCAUCUGCAAAAUCUCUUGUGUUUAUGCAAGAGAUACAAUAUGAUAUUGUUUUAACAACCACAUCUGGUUAUGUCAUUCCUGCACUGCUUAAUAUUGCAAAGGGAUUUAAUGAAAUGCUUACCUCUUUAAAAAUCCAGCAAAGAAUUUUCAAAACUAGACCCAAUCUGGAUUUUUAGGAAUAAACUGUAAAUCAAAAGUGAAAAUUGUUGAGAAAUAUAAGUAACACUAAAGAAAAAUAAAUGAAAAUGAAGCAAUUCUUAAUUAAAAAUCUCACCUGUCUCUGGUGUUGGUGGCAGCACUGAAAACCUUGCGCUUCCCAAUCAGCCAUCAGAAAUAUUCACAACUGGCUGAAAUAUGGGACAGGACUAUUCAGAUUCUUUACUCCUCUUCAUAGAUGCUGCUUGACCUGCUGAGUUCCUCCAGUACUUUUUGUGUGUUAAUCUGGAUUUCCAGCGUCUCCAAGCCUCAUGUGUUUACCGGUUUAUUGCUUAGGCUCCCCUUUGGAAUCUGUGGUUUUGAAGCUUAAUGCCUUGCAGUCCCUUCCACAUAGGGCCCUCUGUUUGUCAGGGUCGGUCAUGGAUAUAGCGUCCUAGCUGUCUACAUGAUACGCUUGCUGGUACACAAGGCAGGGAGUUACGAAAUGGAGAGCAAGCUAUUGCCUGUGCAGCAGGCUCCCCUUCUCCCUGCAGCUGACGAAUCAAAGGGAACAGCAGAGACAAAUACAGUUUGGCACUGGCUCACAGUCAGCGUUAGAAACAUAGAAAGCCUACAGCACAAUACAGGCCCUUCGGCUCACAAAGCUGUGCUGAACAUUUUCUUACCUUAGAAAUUACCUAGGGUUAUCCAUAGUCCUCUACUUUUCUAAGCUCCACAUACCUGUCCAGGAGUCUUUUAAAAGACCCUAUCAUAUCCGCCUCCACCACUGUCGCUGGCAGCCCAUUCCACACACUCACCACUCUCUGUUUAAGGAAACUUACCCCUGUCAUCUCCUUUGUACCUACUUCCAAGUACCUUAAAACUGUGCCUUCUCGUGAUAACCAUUUCAGCCCUGGGGAAAAAAGCCUCUGACUAUCCACAUGAUCAAUGCCUCUCAUAAUCUUAUACACCUCUAUCAGGUCACCUCAUCCUCUGUCAAUUGAAUGCAAUGUAGGAAUUCCUUAGGGAUCCUAUCUCUGGAUUUUUACUCUAGCUUUACUCCCGAAGCCUUCUCCAUGACUGGGUAUAGCCGCAAGGUAGUGAAGGUUUGAGAUAAAAGUUUUCCUUCUCGUAGGUGAGCUGCCAACCAUGGCUAUUGAAUUCCAUCUGCCUGCAGCUACGGGUUUUAAGGCACCAGUAACCCACCUUGAAAUGGAACUGAUUCUGCCAGCUUCAUAGCUGAACCGUGUGUACAGGCCAGAGCUGGAUUUGGUUGUCAGAGGCUAUUUGAGACUCCACCCACCCCCACAACCCCUGGCUAUGACAACCUUAAGGAACCCUUCCA